AUGGGUAACAGCAACACCCGAGAGAGCCGGCCUCCCGGAGCCGGCGAGUCUCAUGAGGGCCACCGCUCCAGCGAUGGCCGCUCUCGCCACCGUUCCCGUACCGAUACAUCCUUUCUUGGCAUCAGCACAUCAAGUCAAAGAGAUCGCCGUCAGAAUGUGCCCUUCGAGCAUAGAGAAACCAAGCAAGAACGGGAAGCAAGAAGGCUCGAGAGGGAGCGUGCGACCCGCCUCAAGGACCGAGAACGGAGCCUUCAAGAGGAACAUGUCGAUGGCGGCUAUCUGGUGACUCUAGGCACAUAUAUGGGGACUGAGGACUUCAAUAAGCCAGUGGUACGGCAAUUGCAGAUUGAGAGAAGACUCGCGCCCUUUUGGCGUGGCCUUAAUGAGUGGUCCGACAAUUGGGCAGAGCACCAGCUGGUGGCCGCCGCCAGAGGUCUCCCCGUACCAGCAGCGGAUGAGCCCCCUCCACCAGAACUCAUCGCACAGCCGCACAAUCGAAAUCCAAGCCAGAGCAAUUUGCAGAAUCUCACUGUCCCAAUGGGCGAACGUAGUAUGUCGACGGCCUCGGACCAUAGCGGAUCUGGCACGACAUCGGGAUUAGCCUCCCCAGGGACCCCGACUCGGAGCACUCUAAAGCCGAGGGCGAAGGCUCUAGCCAUGGCUUUGACUGGGCAUUCAAGAAACGCCUCUUCCGCUGAACUACAACCUGCAGAAACCGCGCUUCCUCAGGAUCCCUUUGUUAACGGCCAGCUCCUCGAGGUUUAUCUAUACAAGGACGCAACGGAGUGCCCCAUUUGCUUCCUAUCAUACCCCCCCUACCUGAACAGCACGCGUUGCUGCGACCAGGCGAUUUGCAGCGAAUGCUUUGUUCAAAUCAAGCGCGCCGACCCCCACCUCCCAGAGCAUCACCCGGAUGGACAAGAGCGAGACUCUCAUCAAGAAGUCAAUCCCGAAAAUCUAUCUGAGAUGCUUACAUCAGUGCCGUCCGCUUGCCCCUACUGCCAACAGCCCGACUUCGGCGUGACCUACGACCCACCCCCCUUUCGCCGUGGGCUAGUCUAUUCAACCUCGUCUAUGAAUCUCGCCUCAUCCUCUUCAAGGUCUCCUAUGUCUUCUCAAAGCUCACUGCAUCCCCCACCUAAUCCAAGUUCGGUGCCUCAGACUGGUCGCAGGAGAGGGCAUAGUUUGUCCGCUAAUGCACCAAAUGUUAUCACCACUGAUCGGAUUCGGCCAGACUGGUCUUCCAAACUCGCGACCGCUCGUGCACACCAGGCCCGUCGGGCAGCAGCGGCUACGGCUCUACACACGGCCGCAUUUCUGGUAGGAGGCAGUGACCAACGGUCGAUGCUACGCACUGGACGCUUUAACCGUCGCCAAACUGGCUCCGGCUCUGGCUCCGGCACUCCUGGGACUGGAUCUAUGGCCGCAGACGGAACGGAAGCCUCUGAAUCAUCUGACCGGACUCAGAUUCCCUCGGAUGUAGAGGGGAAUAGGCGCUUUAGAAUGGACGAACUGGAAGAUAUGAUGUUCAUGGAAGCCGUUCGACUUUCGCUUGCCGCAGAAGAAGAUCGUAAGAAAAAGGAAGCCAAGGCCAUGCGCAAGGAAGCGAAGAAAAAAGAACAAGCGGAAAAGAAGGCAGCCAAGAAGGCGGCAAAGGAUCCUUAUGGGGGAAGUGUCAGCGGAGCGAGUGGUAGCAGCCUUUCACUUUCACUUGGACUUGGCAGGAAGCGAGGCAAUAGUAGCGCAAGUCAGCUGCGAAUGGACGCGACAGUCCAAGGCGCUUCCCAAGUAUCGAAAGGGGACACCACAGAGGCGUCGUCGCAAAACAUUCACAACGGCAGCUCUGGAGACGGCCACGGAAAAGGCAAAUCCGUUGAUCGGGGUGAAACUGAUGCCGCAGCAGAGGGAAGUUCAUCGUCUGCGAUCCCUAUUCGGAGCGGCGGCUCGCACCUACGACAAAUGAGCAAUGCUUCCUCGCUAGGAUCUUCGCUUGCGGAUUCUGCGCCGGGUAGUUUUUCGAGCCCAGGAUUUCUGCACCUGGAAGGCAUCGGUCAGAGUCGUGGGGAGAGACGCGAAGGGGAAGAAUCUGAGCCCCUAUUUAACUUCCGGAGUCUGGCGGAGCUUGUAGGUGUCAAUAUCGACCAAGGCACUGCACUUGAAGAGGAAAAUGAGGGUACAGCACGAAAGGGCCCUGGCGAUGCCACGCAAGAGACGCAGGCACGUCCCCUGUCCCAAGUCAGGGAAGAGGACGAGCUUGCUCCGGGGCAUGACGAAAAAGAGGCUGCCUCGCAGGCGCAAAUCGAAGAAGCGGAAAAAUCACAGGCUCAGCGCAGCCUAUAUACGGAAGAGACUUUGAUAUCGCGUCAAGACGCGGAUCGAGGCAAGGAUGCCAAGUCCCCUCACAUGGUGGAGUUUAUGGAGGAAGCGGUGACUACAAAACAGCAGAAAUGA